AUAAUGCGGUCUGCUGGCAGGGUAUGCUCUGCUACGUACACAGACCCGUACUGUAAUAUUUACAUGCAUGUAGUGUCAAUGACGAGUCUAAACGGCUUGAAGCUCUCCAGUUCCAUUAGAGCUACAAGUCUCUGCAUGAGCUGCACACUACAGAUUUAGAGCCACAUGUCUGAAGUUAAAGCUUUGAGAAGAGGCAGCCUCUGGGACAAUUUGGAUGUUUAAUACGUGUUUGUGAAGACCAGCCACCAUGCACACAGUGCAGAAAGAUACUACUUUCACCAAGAUUUUCGUCGGGGGGCUUCCUUAUCACACUACGGACUCAUCCCUCAGGAAAUACUUUGAGGUUUUUGGGGAUAUUGAUGAAGCCGUGGUCAUUACGGACAGACAGACUGGCAAAUCCAGGGGAUAUGGUUUUGUUACAAUGUCGGACAGAGCAGCUGCUGACCGAGCUUGUAAGGACCCAAACCCUAUUAUUGAUGGCCGAAAAGCAAAUGUUAACCUUGCCUACUUAGGAGCUAAGCCAAGGAGCCUUCAAAGUGGUUUGACGAUUGGUGUCCAACAGUUACAUCCCGCCUUCAUACAGAGACCCAUUGGGCUGACACCGCAGUACAUCUACCCAUCCGCCUACAUCCAGCCAAGUGUGGUAAUUCCUACACCGAUCCAGUCUCUGCCAUCUCCAUACAUCGAUUACAACACUGCUACACAAGCCUAUACCCACUACACCACUGCUGCCUAUGAACAGUAUCCUUAUGCCGCUUCGCCCACUGCUGGAUAUGUGGGUUACGGAUACACCAGCGCUGUCCAACAGCCAAUGUCUGCUACAGCCACAGGAGCCCUUCCUACUGCUUACAUCCAGUACCAGCCUACACAGCUCCAACCUGACAGGAUGCAGUGAGAAGGGAACACUAGCUUUCUUGAUAUAAUUUUUUUUUUCUAUUGACCUUGAAACGCUACAGCUCCAGUACAAAAACUAUGUAUUAACAUGUGAAACUCAAAAGACUCUCCUAAGCUGCGCCCUUAAAAUUUCAGUUGUAUUAAGAGUAACAUUGGAGCUGUUUUUGUGUUUGUUUUUUGGCAUCCUGAGAAGAGAAUUUGGAGUACAUAAAAGUCCAAGGGGAAUACAACCAGACUAUAGUUCAUGUUCUCGCCUUCUAUUUCUCUGCAAAUAAAAGGAAUAUUCCUCUCCAGGAGGUACUCUUUAAAAGCAAAAAAAAAAUCUAUAUAUAUUUUUUGUGGAUAUCGUAUAAAAACUAAAAUACUCAGUCAUGCCUUAUAGAAAUAACAAAUUUUGAAUAUUUAUUGCAACUUUUUUUUUUUUCCUUUGUUCACCCGAGCUGUGAAUUGCUACAUGAAGGUCAGGAGUAAAUAUCCACCUUGUUUCCUUUCUCCUUUCUCUAAAUUAUUGUAUUUUUUAUUUUAUUUUUUGUUACUAGAUAAUUGCUGACACUUUUCAAUAUGCAAAUGGCGGAGUAUGGACAUGAACUCUCUCUGUGCUGCCCCAGCAUGGAAGUGGUAAAAGCAGGAACCCCUGUAGUCGCAGCACUGUAAUAUUUUAUUGUGUUUAUUCAGUUCCGAUAGGUAUAUUAAAAGAAAAAACUACAUUGUAUAACUGCUGAGAUCUUUUCUUUGCUGCAACAUAGAGGGAAAUGCAGUAUUUUAUGUGUAGGAAAGACUAAGGAGAUGCAAAACUCUGAUUUCACUAGGGUGUGCUUCUAAAUGCAAAAAAAAUAAAAUUUUAUGUCUGCAGAUCACAAGCUGCAAUUAUUGAGUAGCUGGAUUCUGCAUUUCUGAUUACUGCAGGAUAUAUAUAUAAUUAUACGAGAGAAAAAAACAACGCUGACCAAUGCAGCGGACAGUCUGCCAUUAUUUUGUCACGUGACUGCAUGUAAUAAUGAAAGCACAGUAUGAAGUCUGUAUUGAAGUAUCCAUUGUGUGCCUUUAAGGAUCUUCGCAGAGAUCUACGGCAUCCCUAAAACGGAAAAAAAUGGACUGUUUGUAGAAUAAUCAAUUCUUCCAGUCUAUCAUCAGUACAAGAUAUAUGGUGACAAGGCAGCUUGUUUCAAAGUAUUGCUCAGAGGAAAUGGUGGGAAAAAUAUCUCUGCAGCCUUUAGGGAUUGGUUGAGUAUAGGUCCUAAGGGACUGUGGGGGCGUAACCUGUGGGCUCAUGUUGCUCUCAAACUUCUAGCUUUUCUCUCUGUGCUUUAGACUGACCAUGAAUGGUUUGUGGUGGAUUUAAGUGUGCUGGGAUUGAGGUCUCAAUCGUAUCGGAGAACAUUGGGUUCAGUGACUGCCAACUGGCCUGUUUUAUGUAGGAUUGAGGCCGGGAGAAAUACAUUUAAGGACCUAUUUAUGAAUCCUAACAAAAAUGGAUUGAUAUUGUAUUGCAAUCCUUCUUCCCAAACUAUGCAAUUGUAUCUUGCUGUUUUAUAUCUGUCAGGCUGUUUGUUUUCCUCUCCAUUUGAGCAUGUGCUACAAGGGAUAGAUACUGUUAUCAGUUACCUGGAAAGGGAUUCUGAGUGCCAAAUUAUUAAAAGGCAAACCAGUGACCUUUUUGAAGUUGUUGAUGCACUAUAAAGCUAAUGCAUUUCACCUCCGUCAGACGGAGUCUCUAACCUGGGAUUUCAUGUGUUGUUUGGAAUUUACAAAGUAGGCCCAAAUGUCGUCCUCUCCAGAAUAGCCUAUAUUCUCCCACUUCUGGAUGUGCAUGCACCACUGAUGCAGUUCCUGGUUUGUGUUGGCAGCCACCUCUCGCCCCUUCCAGACCUGCCACACUCCCACUGAUAUCCUGAUCCAUUAUUCCCCUCCCCCCAACUAUUGCAUACAGUGAGUGUUAACUCAUUUUGCAGAAGCACUCUUGGCAGCGCUAAAGGCAUUCUGGGAAGGGACAGCAACAAGUAUAAUGAGAACAUUUUCAAAAAUCAACAAUACAGUAGAAGGCUGGCAAAGUAAAAAAAAAAAAAAAAAAAUUAGGAUUGACUUCCAGUUAAGAUUUUUUUGUUUUUGGUCAUACUUGUACAUUAAAACUACUACCUGCUAAAAAUGGAAAUCUAUAUUUUUUAACUUUAAACCAGCCAUAAAGGACUGAUUUUGGACAAUG